CACAAAUUUUCAAUUUUCAUACGUAGUACGGAGUAUUACAUAAUUAAUAAAUUUAAGAUAAAUUGUGGUAGUACAAGACAUUUUUUCGAGAACGUAGCACUAUUAUACAUAAAUUUGAGAUAGUAUGCUUCUGUUUACUUAAUUUGAGAUGUACAAGACAUAAAUCACAAAACAUAAAUCCACACGAUGGUAUACAUGUACAUUUAAACCAUACUUUGAUCCGGUUCUCAUUUUACAUAUAGAUGAACCGGUUCCGAUUCGGGUCUGGGCUCGGCUGGGCCUCGGUUCAUGAAGGGGAGGCUCGGAAUCGGCCCGGGUAACCCCGGGUCUGAGCCGGGCCAGUUCACCUUUUGAAGGGUCCGAGCCCGAACCGCCAUCCCACCGGGUCGGGUGACCCGAACCGGCCAACCAACCGGUUCACCGGGCGGGCCGGGCCCACGCAGUAGCUGGCCGGUCCGGUUCGGGUACGCACAGUAGCGGGAUGGUUGUUAGUGAAACAAAACAUCCGCUGGCCUCGUCAUCUUCUCUGGAGCUUGGAGCUUCAGGUACGCUUCACAGCCGUGUAGCUCAAGCUUCUGCCAUGACUUCGAAGCUUCUGCUAAAGCGCCACCAAACGGUAAUCGAGUUCGCUAAAUCGAUCCAGACUCUACAUCACUUUCAAAGAAAUGCUAUAUUUACUCCAUAUGUCCCAUUUUCGAGGCUUGAAUCUCUCAUUCACUCGCGACCUUAUUCAGCAACUUUCCAGCAAACAAUCAAUCCUUCCCUGAAAGAAUCAAUGGCGAAGCCUGUCUUUAGCUCUCUCAAUAAAGCUGAACUUGCCAAGUUCUCAGCCAUUGCUGAAACCUGGUGGGACUCGGAAGGGCCAUUUAAGCCAUUGCAUAAGAUGAAUCCUACAAGACUAGCUUUCAUCAGGUCCACACUUUGUCGCCAUUUCGGGAGGGAUCCUUAUUCUCCCAAACCUUUUAAAGGACUCAAGUUUGUGGAUGUUGGUUGUGGAGGGGGGAUUUUAUCUGAGCCUCUGGCUCGAAUGGGGGCUACUGUAAUGGGAAUUGAUGCUAUUGAUAAAAACAUCAAGAUUGCACGCAUUCAUGUGGAUUUGGAUCCAAUAACUUCAUCACUCGAAUAUCGUUGCACUACUGCUGAAAAUUUGGUGGAAGAACAGAGGCAGUUUGAUGCUGUAAUUGCUCUAGAGGUGAUAGAACAUGUAGCUGAUCCCGGUGAGUUCUGCAAAUCCUUAUCGGAGUUGACAGUUGCUAGUGGUGCUACAGUGAUAUCAACAAUUAACCGUUCAAUGAGGGCUUAUGCCACUGCAAUUCUUGCAGCAGAGUAUAUCCUGCACUGGCUUCCUAAAGGUACACAUAAAUGGUCAAGCUUUCUUACGCCAGAAGAACUAGUUCUGAUUCUACAACGGUGUUCUAUAUCGGUCCAAGAGAUGGGUGGAUUUACAUACAACCCUUUGACAGGUCACUGGUCAAUAUCAGAUGAUAUCGGUGUGAAUUUUAUCCUUUGUGGUACCAAAAAACUGGCAUUACAUAGCAGAGAAGAUAAUCCUAUGACAUCUGACUGAAACUGCAGAUUAUCACUAAAGUUAAUAAUACAAAGGCAAGUAAGCUUAUUGUGAUGUGAAGUGUAUAAUGAUAAUUUUGCAAGGGAUUGCAUUACAUACAGUAUAUUCUCAUCUCCACAACGUGUCAUUCCUUUUUUUUACAUCGGUAUGGGUAGGGUCUUCAUUUCAUUAACCGAGAUAUAUUCUGUAUAUUGUGGCUCGAAUUAUUCAUAUAGAAUUGGUCUCCACGAAGUUGUUGUUUCUUGAAAAUAAUUUCUCUCGUCUCAAUUGGGUUCUCCCUCUAGCC